AUGGCCGUGGCUUCUACCACCCCGCGUGAUCCUAACACGCUGAGCAACUACAACAACUGGCGCUCCACUCACGUCACCGCCAACUUUGACAUCCUCUUCGACCAGAAGAAGCUGGUCGGCAAUGUCGUCCACAAAUUCAAGUCCACCACCGAGGCCCAGUCUCGGGAGAUCAUCCUAGACACCAGCUAUCUGGACAUUGGUGACAUCAAGGUGGAUGGCCAGCCCUCCAAAUGGGAGUUCCUGCCCGCCGUCGCUCCUUACGGCACCCCGCUGAAGAUCGUCCUCGAUAAGCCCGUCGAGCUCAAUGGCACCGUCGAGGUUGAUAUUGCCGUGAAAACCACCGACAAGUGCACCGCCCUGCAGUGGCUCACCCCUGCCCAGACCUCCAACAAGAAGCAUCCGUAUAUGUUCUCGCAAUGCCAGGCAAUUCAUGCCCGGUCUAUCUUCCCUUGCCAGGAUACCCCCGAUGUCAAGAGCACUUUUGACUUUAACAUCACCUCCCCGCUCCCGGUCAUGACCAGUGGUCUGCCCAUUCGCCAGUCGUCCAUGACCUCCCAGUCUGGAAACAAGCUGUACCGCUUCCACCAGUCGGUCCCAAUUCCCAGCUAUCUGUUUGCCAUUGCAUCUGGCGAUGUCUCCGAGGCACCUAUUGGUCCCCGCAGUGUGGUUGCCACCAGCCCGGAUAAGCUGGAUGAGUGCAAGUGGGAGCUCGAGGCCGACACGGAGAACUUUAUCAACACGAUCGAGAAAAUCGUCUACCCUUACGUCUGGGGUGAAUACAACGUCCUGAUUCUGCCUCCUAGCUUCCCCUACGGUGGCAUGGAGAACCCCAUCUUCACUUUCGCUACUCCCAGUAUCAUCUCCAAGGACCGCGAGAAUGUCGAUGUCAUUGCCCACGAGCUGGCUCACAGCUGGAGUGGUAACCUGGUUACCAACUGCUCAUGGGAGCACUUCUGGUUGAACGAGGGCUGGACCGUUUACCUCGAGCGCCGCAUUCUGGCCGCCGUUCACGGCGAGGCCUACCGCCACUUCUCUUCCAUCAUCGGAUGGAAGGCCCUGAAGGACUCUGUGGAGCACUUUGGUGAGGACCACGAGUUCACCAAGCUGAUCACCGACCUGAAGGGUAAGGAUCCGGAUGAUGCUUUCUCCAGCAUUCCCUACGAGAAGGGCUUCAACUUCCUGUUCCACAUUGAGAACCUCGUUGGCAAGCCCAAGUUUGACAAGUUCAUUCCUCACUACUUCACUACCUUCAAGUGCAAGUCUCUGGACUCUUACGAGUUCAAGGCAACCAUCCUGGACUUCUUCCAGUCUGACGCCGAGGCCUCCAAGCUCCUGAAUGAGCUGGAUUGGGACAAAUGGUUCUACGCACCCGGUCUGCCCCCCAAGCCGGUCUUUGACACCUCCAUGGUGGACGUUGUGUACGCCCUCGCCAAGAAGUGGGAGUCCCUUCCCGACUCCUCCUUCAAGCCUCAGGCCAGCGAUCUCGAGGGUCUGGCCGCGAACCAGAUCUUGGUCUUCCUCGAGCAGAUCCUGCUGUGGGAGAAGCCGCUUACUCCUGAGCUGUCCAAGCUGAUGGGUGAGGUUUACGGUCUGUCUAAGAGCUCCAACAUUGAGGUGGCCAACUUGUACCUGCAGGUUGGUAUGAAGGCCGGCGAUGAGAGUGUCAUCGAGCCUACUACCGAGCUCCUGGGCCGCAUUGGUCGUAUGAAGUUUGUCCGUCCCUUGUUCCGCAACUUGCAGAAGAUCAACCGCCCCGUUGCUCUUGAGACUUUUGAGAAGUACAAGGACUUCUACCACCCGAUUUGCCGGGGUAUGGUUGAGAAGGACUUGUUCGGUAAGAAGUAG